UUGCAUUUUUUGCUGCUUUUGUUUUUCUGACUGGUGUGGGUUCUGGCAAGCUCUGUAAGUUGACGUCACCAGCAUCCUUCUGUUGUUGGCUCCACAGCUUAUCCCAUAAAUCACCAGAGAGCAUUGCUUAGGCGUAGACAGUUUGGGGAGCUGCAAUGGGGGCAGCAAUCGGAUCAGGACCAGGAAAGCCUGUUUUUACCAAAUUCAAUCGGGAAGACAACUACACCAUCCUCCUGCUUGGGCAAACAGGCUCUGGAAAAACCUCCCUGAUGAACCUCAUUGCCAACUUCAAAACUGUGCUCAAGGUUCUCUUUGACGAGCAGGUCGUUCUGUCGACACCUGAGCUUGUUGAGUUCGGGCUGGCACACCUUCAGGACUUGGAUGUGGAACAUGCCAUGGAAAAUGGAAUGGCAAGCAAGACUUCGCAACCGCGGGUGUACCAGCUUGAGCUGGCUACCAAUUGGCACUUUACGAUAAUGGACACCCCUGGUUACAGAGGAUGAGCUUCACGUCAAGAACAUCAUGGCAUGCUUGGGAGAGAAUGUUCGCACUAUCAACAGUGUGAUGGUCGUCGUUAAUGGCAAAGAUUCUUGAAUGACCACGACCAUGAAGUAUGUCCUCUCACAUUUGACAGCCAUCAUGCCCAAGAGUGUUGUGGAUCAUGUGGUGGCCGUUUUGACAAAUGCUGAAGAGGAGGAAGACGUCAACUUUGACAUCAGGAGCUUUCAAGAGGUUGGCAUCAAUAUUCCCAGGUUUGAGUGGAUAGACAAUCCAUUUUGUCUUGUACAGAAACUGCUGAUCAGGGAUCCAAGCCUACUCGAGCAAACACGAGAGAGGAUGACAAAAAAGAUCCGCAAGAGCUUCAAAGCAAUGGAGAGUGUUGGCUGGUUAGCUGUUCCAUCACAGAAGUUUCUCGAGCUCAAUGCCAAACGUGAAGAAAUUGAGUUUCACCUCGCAAACAACUUGGAGCUCCUCGUGGAGAAUGAACGUCUCGUGGGUGACUUGCUGCACCAUGCCCAGCAAAUAAGAGACGGUGGCCGUGCUGAACCACUAACAAGACAAGCUCAACACUGGCGGCUGAAAAAAGAAAUGUUUGGCUGGUCAAAGUACGUUUGUCAUCAUCCAGGCUGCCACUGCAACUGUGCGACAUCCAACGUCGUCAGCCCCUUUGCCUCAUUGUGGUGCUUUUUCAACGAGGAGCAGCUUUGCGAAACUUGCAACCAUCAGUACUCGGGCCACCGAGUGUCACGCGAUGGGUGGCAAUGCGGGUCGAGGUGGGGACGACUGUCGACCAGGCAGAGGAGCGCUUGAGACAAGCAGUGAUGGAAGCAGAGCAGCGCAAGCGAGAAUGUGCUCAACAGCUCCAAGAAUCCCUGGAAGAGUAUCAAAGGUUGGGCCUUCGGGAUGCCUACAUGCGAUUGCUGAAAAGCCAGAAGGCAGUUGUGGAAGAGCGACUCCGGACUUCGCCAGAUGAUGCUGCGUUGAGUAUGCACCUGAGCAGCGUGAAUGCCUGUUUAAAAGAGGUGGAAGAUGCAGCAGAGGCAACUUGCGCCCUUUGCUAUGAAAAUCUUUCGGACACAACACUCAACUGUGGUCAUUCUCAAUUCUGCCGCACUUGUGCAUUCCGAGUGGGAACUUGCCCCGUGUGUCGAGGGAUUGUUACCUCCCGACAGCCUACAUCUGCACUGGCCAGUGCUUCCGGGUAUGCCUCGGGCUAGGCCAAGUGGUCUGAUGGCCGAGACGGUGUGAGGGCGUCAUGCGGUGUACAGUUUCGGCCUUUGACGUGGCGCCCCCUGCUCGAAGGUUUCUUUUUUAACACAUAAGCUGGAAGACCGUGAUGUGGAA